AUGGCGGAAGAUGCGACGAAGAAUCUGGGAAAAUUUGCACAACCGUCUAAUUUUCAUUCAAUCGGCUACGACGCUAAAAUGGGUCGUGUGAAAAGUGAUGAUCCAUACCUACUGUCGUCGGAUACGCCGCUUCAACAUGAUGUAGACUUUGGCAUAACACAAAGUAAGGAUACAUCCAAUAUAGCAGACUUGCUCAAUAGUGGAACUAGCCGAUCAGAUACGACAGUAUCGUUUUAUGGACUAGGCGAUAUCGGAAGUGAUAUGAAAUCUAAAAAGUCCAGAAUCAUUCCACCUGCUCUGGACAUCUGUUCUCAUUAUUCCACUGGUAUCAACAAUCCUUUACCAAGUCCUAAUAAUCUAAGUUGGCUAACCGAUUUGGCAAUCAUCGCUACUAGUCCGCAAAGCCCGUUGAUGCAAGCUACCUACCAAAAUGCUGCCAAAAAUCGAGAUCAAAUAAAUACCCUUGAAGAUCAAUUAAAAAGGAGAGGUAAUAGUGAUUAUAAUCUAUUAGGGAGUGGUCAAAUUAUUCGAAAAGAAGCAAUGGAAUCAAAGGGAGAAUUUGGUGGCGAUCAUGCUUCCAUUACUCCGUCUUGGUUGUGCUUCAUGAAGGGCACUAAAAUUAAAUUUUCAGCAUCUAAUCAACAAGUAUCAUGGAUCGCUGCUGAAGAAUUAGGUAAAAACGAUAAGCUAGUGAGGCAAUUGGGCCAGAUAGAGGGGCCUACAACUUAUGCACCGUUCGGGUUGAAGCUUAUGGAAGUAAAGGAGAUUAAAGGCAAUUCAGAUAAACGAAAAAGAAAAAAUUUAUUAAUUAUGCGAUUCUCAUCAACUGUCAAUGGUCAGCCGCGAAUAGCUGCUAGAUGCCUAGCAGACCAUCCUUUUUAUGUAAAAGAAAAAGGCUGGUCAUCAUUUUGUCCGGAAUUAACCAAUUCACAAUAUGGAAUUAAUAGCAAAUUCUUGAAAAUCAAUGAUGUUUGUAUACCGCCUCCAUCAAAUGCUGAAGCUUUCAAGUUCGAUAAAUUAAAUUUAACGGCAAUGGACUCUUCUGCUGCUUUAACGUUAAGUCGGAUGGGGAUGGCGAAAAAAUAUAAAUCGGAUGAGUCGCCUAUGGGUUCUCCUUCCAAGAAAAGCAAUGGAAGCGAUAACGGUAGCAAUAGCUCUAACCAGCAAAGUCGGAUGCAAUCAGAUCGUGCAAAACGACCUAUGAACGCAUUCAUGCUAUUCGCCAAAAAGUAUCGAGUAGAAAUUACUCAAGCACAUCCUGGCAAGGAUAAUAGGGCCAUAAGCGUUAUUUUAGGUGAUAAAUGGAAAUCAAUGGAGACGACAGAAAGACAGCAAUACGCCGAAAAGGCAAGAAUUCUAGCUGAAGAACACAAGAAAAAUUUUCCUGAUUGUUGGAAGCGUAAAAAGACAUUAAAGGUGACUAUUUCGUAUCUAUUUUGCUCUGUUUUAAUAAGUUUACGCACUUUAUAUUAA